CAGAGGUGUUCCACAGCAUGGAGACCAAGGCGUUGAAGGUGCGGCUGCCGCUGCUGUGGUUCGAUCGGCUGCUUCGCCGCCAUGGGCCGCUGCUGCCGCUGCCCGUAUUUGCUAUACGGAUCGCCACGGACGUCGCGGCUCUGGUCAACUCUGGGCAGAGACUGGACAGCCCCCAGGGCAGCCGCCUGCGCCACCACUUGGCAGAGGCCGGGGUUGUCUAUGUCGGCAUCACCCUUGUGCGCAUAUUUGUGUACGGCCUCCACUGCGCAGGCGUGUACCGGCUGCUGUCCAGGGCUGGCGCGGUGUCUGCGGUGCCCAUCCAGCUGAUGUCUGAUCACAUUUUCCUGGGAGCGUCAGUGGUAGCCAUUCUGUCUGCGGAGCUGGUGCUGCUGCGGUGCAGUCUGCGCCAGGCACACUGCCCCAUCCAUGUCAAGACCAUGGCCCGCGCAGGGCUCACAGCUGCAGUGGCACUGCUUGCCCUCACAUGUGGCGACAUGCACUUCACUGCGAGGUUCUUCCACGAACGGACGGAGACUUUCCUGGGAGCCGUGCUGGGGCUGCUGGCCUUCCAGAUUCCCAUCACCUGGUGGCUGCUCUAUGGGUUCACAGUGGCUUGAGUGACUGGGAGGUCCAGGGGUUGAUACAGGCAUGGCAUUGAACAGCGCAUGCGCAUGCAUGACUGCACCAAUUGCAAUGAGCUGCAUCUUUUUGUGAUUUUGCCAUGUAAUCACAAUGUUUAGG